AUGGCGCACCGAGACCCGUCUCCAGUGCAUGUGCCCUUACGAACUUCGAGUCGGAACCUUCUGCGCUCUAGUGCGAUGGAAAGCAACAAAGAAGUGAGCAUGGCGGACCGCAGGACGUCCAAGGCGCAUCGGAUACUAGGGACCGAGCUACCUCUCCCCAACGGCCGGUGGGACAAGCCGCAAAAGCCACGCCGAUCAAGCCUCCGAACCCCCGACGACUCUUCACGGCAGCAACGUAGUAGCUUCCUCCCAUUCCCUUCGGGGGAGGCGGUUCCACCCCAGAAUCUGCGUGUCCGCGCUUCGUCGCCGUUGCUGGGCUACGACUACCGAUCCAAUGAUCCCGCUCCUCCGCUUCCCAAGCCCUCGAAGAAGGUCCAUCCGUCCGGUUCUUCUUCUACGUUAUUCUCCUACUUCAGCUCGAAGGAGAAGGAUAGUGCCUCCAAAUCGGUCAAAUCUGGGAAAUCUGGGAAAUCCGCCAAAUCGACUCCCACAACCCCCAACCAUACCAGCCUUCAACCUCGGGUGCGCCAUGAGCUGCAAGCACAUCCCAGUGUGACAUAUCAGCAUCAGCCAGCCCAAACACCGCCGAAGGAAUCAAAGCGGAAGUUGCGCCCUCCGAGAAUCGACCUUUCCAUUCUCUUCCCGAAACCACGAAACCCCGCUCCAAGUCACCUCUUGUCUCCUCAGCGAGUGACCAGGUCGCCCUCCCCCGUUUCCACUGUCGCCUCGGAUUGGCCUUCAAACAGAGUCGACCGACUUGGUAGUAACUCCACUGCGCGAAAGCUUCAAGUGGGAGAACCUCUAUCUCAACGCACGUCGACUAUCCAGAAAGAGGCUCCCAAUCCCCGGAAUGACCGAUCGGAUCUGUUGUCAAUUCCCGAGAUGAAAGAUCGUGAGGGUUCACCGCGAUCCUGGGGCAACCCGCUGGAGCGCACAGUCGGCACGAGCGAGAUUGACCUUGCCCUGGACCGAUAUGCAGGACGCCGGUCACUUUUCAGCCGCUCCAGUGUUUACACCACCAGUCGGGAGCAGCUGCAGCCAGAGCAGCAAUGUUUCAAGGAAACCAUCCAGCAAAGGCGUGGGCAUAGCCCCGCUAGUGGCCAAUCCAAGGAUCUGUAUCUGUCUCCCACUCCCAAGCCCGAUGAAGGCCGGGGCCAGAGCCGGAACCGCACGAAUAGCAAUACACACAGCACGAACACGACUGUGAGCAAGAAGAGCAGCAAGAGUACGUUGAAGAACAAGGACUUGCAGCAAUCCAGCGUUCUCUGUCUCUCCUCAUCUGAAGACGAAGAUUCUGACCAGGACGUGACGCCCACGGAGAAAGUCACCAAAAACAAGAACUUCAGAGACAGUGUGGCGACUUAUGGUGACUUCGAGCCUGAGAUCCACACUGCUUCUACUGCUCAAGCUACGGUGGGCACGCCGACGUUGAAGAGGGUCGAACGAGCACCGUCCACCAGCAGCCGUGGGUCCAGUCAGAUUCCUCCAUUUCCUCAGCCUCAACCGCGCAGGCAUACUUCCAAUUCAUCCAGUAGCAAGCCGCCCGCUGCAACACAGCGAAAAUCCAGCCAGCCUCAUCGGACAAGCGGUGUUCCCACUAUUGCCGAGCCGGAUAUUCUGAGCAAGUUCCCGCAGCAGCGCCUGCGCACACCGCAGGAGCUGAAGGAGAUGAACCGAAGAAGCAGAGUCAUCGCGGUGACCCGGCAAGAGCAGGAUCUUUUAGAGGCCAUGCGAGUGCGCAAGGGCAAAAUCACCCCGAGUAUCUUCCACAACAACGGCGCAGCUCAGCCCGAUCGCAGCUCGAUGAUCUCUGGACCGUCGCGAGAUUCAUUCUGCGGAUCGGACACAUCUUUCCUGCGCCUUAGCGCGGCAUUCCCGCCUUUCAACACUCAGACAGAACAAGGUGCAUCAUCUCACAUGGACAAAUACGGUUCUUCCUCGCAGAGUUCUGGUUCUGAUACUGAACAGAAGACUGGUAAUUCGAUUGCCUCUCCCCGGUUCAGUCUGGGCUACUCCGAAAGUCUUCCGUCCCCCGCUACCAGCGGUGCCUCACCUCUUACGCCAACGCUCCCCAUUCAUCGUUUCUCUCCGCUGCCGUCCCAGAAGCCGCCACCGCGUGGCCCACCACCGGCCAUCCCGGAGGACCAGAAGCAGCACACUCGCCGUCGCACGGAUAGCAGUGAAGCUAUCAUGCUGAAUGAGAAUGGCGAGCAGCGCAAGCAUGAUCUUCCUCUCUGGUCGUUUGAUUUUGAUUGGAAUCAAGACCUCGCUAGCGUGGCUGCCGUGCAUUAA